CUCAUGGCCAUUCAAGCAGAACAUGAAAAAAAUAAAUCGGACUUCCAAAGAGUCGCGCUGCUGCUCGCCAUGCAGCACCUCCCGGACUUUGGGACUUGUGGGGCGCCACAAACGCAUGCGGAAACGCAUGCAAACGCGCAUGCAAAAACGCAUGCAAAAGCGCAUGCAAAAACGCAUGCAGGGGCCCCAGAAGCCGAUUCGCCCCAGGGGGCCCCCACCGAAGAGGAGGCCUCCCAGGACGAGGGGGGCCCCCAGGAGGGGGCCCCCCAAGAGGGGGGGCCCCCAGGGGCCCCCGUGUCGGGGAAGUUUGGAACUGGAAGUUUGGAGAGUUUGUGCAGAAGACCAAAUGAAGAAGGAAUUGAUGUAAUUGGGACUUUGAAAAGAUUUCAUGAAAAGUGUUACAGACUGGAGAACAUGGCAGUGGCCAUCAGAAUGGGCCGAGGGAAAAACGGAGAGCCGCUGCAGCUGCGGGACGUAAUUAAGAUUGUCUCUGAUGCCUUUGAGAGGGCAACAGCAGCAGCAGCAGCACCAGCAGCAGCAGCAGCAGAAGAAGCAGCACGAGCAGCAGCAGCAGCAACAGAAGCAGCAACAGAAGCAGCUGCAGAGGCAAGCAAAAACAGCAGCAGCGGCGCGAGUCUGCUGCAGCAGCAGAGCAAGCCAGCAGCAGCAGCAACCAGUGGUCAAGCUGCUGCAGCAAAAGCAGCUGCUGCUGCUCUUGCUGCAGGCGGUGCUGCUGCU